CUCGUGUCCUCCCUCCCUCCUGUGUUCAUCUCUCCAGCUCUCAGGGUGACAGUCAGUGUUGGUUUUCUCCUCGUUGGGGCAGCCUCAUCUCUCCUGAAGGAUGUCGGGCCCUCUGACUAACAGCUCCAGCUUUAGCUCUGUGCUCUUCCUGCUGUCUCUCUCCGUGGUCCUCCUCCUCCCGCCUCUGCGGCUGGACGCUAAGUCAUUGUCUGCUGCCCGUGGCGUGGAGGUACACGGUCUGGACGCCACAGGAGGCGGGGUUAGGCGUCUCCGCAGAGACCUCCGUGAUUCACUGCCGUACGAGGCCGGGAUGAUGUCCUAUCCUGGGGAGUCGGCUGACGUCCUAACCCGGCGGGGAGGUAACGAGCUGCUCUAUCAACCAGAGGAGUGGAGGGGGCAGGGCUUAGGACAGGCUCUGCAGCAAUUGGUGGAGAACGACCAGAGGCGGGAGCAAGAAACAGCAUACUUGGCCGGGUUGCUCCGCCUCCUCAGUGAAGUCGAUGUCCAGGGGCCCGGAGAGGAGGGAGGUGAGGAGAUCCAGGGGCCAGGGGACUUCCAGGUGCCCUAUCCCCCAGACUACGAUGAGACAGAGCAGGGGAUGAGAAUGGGAAAGCCCCAGGCUGCAGCUCCAUGGCAGGGCCUACUGGACCCCCAGCUCACCCAGGCUCUGCUCAACAGAUACAGGCAGGAGAGGCUGCAGCAGCAGGCCGGGUUACCAGGACUACCAGCCGCCAUCAACAGGCUUGAAACAGGCAGCCAGGACCGAGACGAAGAGGCUCUGAGGUAAGGAGAGAGAGAACGGA